GUAAAUGUGUUUGGCGCUUCCUUCGCUAGGUAUCCGGCCGACCCGUUCGAUCGGUUGUGGGGCUGGAACGAGGACACCUCGCAGUCGGGGACCUGGAUCGACGUUCCCUCCACCAACUCCACCGUCCGAAACCUUCCCGAGGACUCCUUCGAAGUUCCCUCCGUCGUCAUGCAGACCGCCAUCACCGCCAUCAACUCCACCAGCAUCGUCAUCACAUGGGAUCCCUCCCCGGGCCACGUCAACCAGUUCUUUCCCAUCCUCCACAUAUCCGAGAUCUUGGACCUCUCCGGUACCAAUCAAUCGCGGCAGUUCAACAUCUACGUGAAUGGAUUACGGUGGCCGGGGGAUAUAAACAUAAUGACUCCUCCUUACCUCUGCUCGAACUCCGUCUACAGCCUCGGGCCCCUCCCUUCGUCCCCCACCUAUAACAUCUCCCUCGAGGCCCUCAGCAACUCCACUCUCCCGCCCAUCCUCAAUGCCUUCGAGCUCUACAUGACCAUUAGCAACACUUCCGUGCCCUCGGAUGCUGGAGAUGGUAUGUAUCCACAUCUUUGUAACAAUGGUACAUUGUGCAAUGAAAUGCCUACACCAAUGAAGAAGAAAAUAUCAACGCCGGUGGUCGUGGUGAUCGUGAUUCUUUGUAUAGUUCUAAUGGUGUUAAUACUAAAUCUUGCGGUGAUAACUAGAGUUUGGAGGGUGACAAAAACACAAGGUUUGAGACGAGGCAACUCAGUGGAUCAACAUAAUGGUUUCCUAAAGCAAACAGAUAAUGCAUUGCAGCUUGAAAAUCGCCAAUUCACAUACAUGGAAUUACAGAACAUCACUAAUAACUUUCAAAAGAUCCUAGGCAAAGGAGGAUUUGGGUCUGUUUUCCAUGGACAUUUGGAAGACGGUACUCAAGUUGCAGUCAAAAUGCGAUCACAAUCAUCAUCACAAGGAACUAAAGAGUUUCUUGCUGAGGCCCAACACUUGACUAGAGUUCAUCAUCGCAAUUUAGUUUCUUUAGUUGGCUACUGCAGUGAAGUAAAUCAUUUGGCGCUUGUCUAUGAGUUUAUGUCUCAAGGAACACUACAUGAUCAUCUGCAAGGCAGGGCAAACAAUGCUAGAGCUUUAAGCUGGAGACAACGUCUUCAUAUUGCAAUUGACGCUGCACAAGGGCUAGAGUAUUUGCAAAAUGGAUGCAAACCACCAUUAGUUCAUAGAGAUGUGAAGUCUGGAAAUAUCCUUUUGAGUGAAACUUUGGAAGCUAAGAUAGCAGAUUUUGGGCUUUCAAAAGCUUUUCUAAGUGAGGCAAACAGUCAUAUAUCCACUGUAGUCGUGGGAACUCCUGGAUACCACGAUCCUGAGUAUUACAAUACCUUCCAACUCAGCAAUAAAAGUGACGUGUACAGCUAUGGAGUAGUUCUUUUGGAGUUGAUCACUGGGCUACCUCCAAUAGUUCAAGGUAUUGAAAAUGUACACCUAACCCAAUGGGUGCUCCAAAGACUUGCCAGAGGAUACAUUGAGGAUAUUGUAGAUCCUAGGUUGGAAGGGGAGUAUGACAUAAACAGUGUAUGGAAGUGUGCUAAUAUCGCGUUGAAAUGCACAACAGAAAGGUCCCAACAACGGCCAACCAUGACAGAAGUUGUGAUGCAGCUAAAAGAGAGCUUAAAGCUAGAGAACUCUCAUGAUAACACUGUGAACAAAGUCGCACACAGUGAGAAUCUAGACUCAGAAGUAAGCGAUGUAAGCCAGAAAAGUAUUCUUGAGAUAGGAGUGUCUAGAUUGAUUGAGAUUUCGGGACCAACGAUAAGAUAAACAAGGGUUUGCUCGACUCUUCCCUCUUAAAAUUGUCAUAAUGGUUAUUAGGGUCAAACUGUCAUUCGAUUCAAAUUCAUUCUUGGGUAGCUUUUUACAUGUUGUUACUUGUGUGAAGGAAAAUAGUAUUUGGUGGAGUAUAGAUGAUACUUUUAUUUUCUAUGGCAAAAACUAUUGUAUGUUCUUCCAUUUCAUCUUGGAACAAGCAUCUUGUUUUUUCA